AUGAUGCCUCUGAAGAUGCUGCUCCUGACUGUCCUGCUUCUGGAAGCUUCUCUGCAGCACGUCCAGGCAGCUCGAGCCCCCAAUGCAGGCCGGGAGUGUUGCAUGGAGUUCUUCAAGGGCGCCAUUCCCAUCAGAAGGCUGGUGGCAUGGUACAGGACCUCUGCCGAGUGUCCUAAGGAUGCUAUCGUGUUGGUGACCAUCCAGGACAAAUACAUCUGUUCGGACCCCAAGGCCAAGCACACGAUGAAGGCUGUGAGAUACUUGGAAAGCCUCAGGAAGUCUCAGGCCUCUGAAUCAUCGUGA